AUGGACACACAAUUUUUGGACGAGGUCGCCGAGCGGAUCAACUCGUACAUUGAAGCCAUCCCACCCGGCGUUCCCCAGUACCUCUUCGCUGCGGUCGCAAUUGCCUUCAGUAUCUGGCUCCUACACUUGGCGCAGGCUUGGAACGAAGACAAAGCCAUCACCUACACCGUCCCUCCGCCCAAGAUUCCUGACGAGCAUUCGAUCGUUGAGGAGACCAACGUCAAGAUCUCCGGCACGACCGCAGUUCAGUGCUACGCCCCGGCUACCGGCCAGUUUCUUGGCUUCAUCAACCCCUCUACCCCGGCGUCCAUCGACCGUGCUGUUGAUGCAGCCCACGCAGCGCAGACGAAAUGGAAGAAGACGACCUUCCGCGAGCGCCGUCGCGUGCUCCGUACGAUGCUACAACACGUCCUUGACAACCAGGAAGCCAUCUGCCGCGCCGCUUGCCUCGACUCCGGCAAAACCAUGGUCGACGCCCAGUUAGGCGAGAUCCUCGUCACCGUCGAGAAGCUCACCUGGACGUUGAAUCAUGGCGAGAAAGCCCUCCGCCCGAGCCCGCGACCCACGAACCUCCUCAUGGCAUACAAGCAGAACGAGGUGCGGUAUGAACCGCUUGGCGUGGUUGGAGCGCUCGUGAGCUGGAACUACCCGUUCCACAACCUCAUUGGGCCCAUCAUUUCGAGCAUAUUUUCUGGGAACGGUGUUCUGGUCAAGGUCUCUGAACAGACGGCAUGGAGCUCGCAGUACUUCACCAGUAUCGCGAGGGGUGCCCUCAUCGCCCACGGAUAUGACCCUGCCUUGAUCCAGACGGUGGUGUGCUGGCCCCAGACAGCUAACCACAUAACCUCCCACCCCAAGAUAUCUCACUUGACCUUUAUUGGUUCCCGCUCUGUGUGCUUGAAGGUUGCCGCGUCGGCUGCCAAGUCGCUUACGCCUCUCAUCGCUGAGCUUGGUGGCAAGGAUCCUUCCAUUGUUCUCGACUCUGCCGCCAAGGAUUUGAACCGUGUUAUUGAUAUUCUCAUGCGCGGAACUUUCCAGGCUUCCGGUCAGAACUGCAUCGGCAUUGAGCGAAUCAUUGCUACGCCAAAGCUUUACGAACAGCUGGUUUCCACGCUUGCACCGAAAGUUCAGGCCCUCCGCCUGGGCCCCACUGCAGAUGUGGGAGCCAUGAUCUCCGAUGCUAACUUUGAUCGGCUGGAGGCCCUCAUCGAAAAGGCUCUUAAACAAGGUGCUCGUCUCCUUGCCGGUGGCAAGCGCCACAUCCAUCCCGAAUAUCCCAAGGGCCACUACUUCACCCCAACACUUCUCGUUGAUGUUACUCCAGACAUGGAUAUUGCCAACGAGGAAUGCUUCGGUCCCGUCAUGACCGUCAUGCGCGCUCCAGGCCCGGAUGCCGAGUCCGUGCUAUCCGUGGCCAACGCGCCAGACUUUGGUCUUGGCGCUUCCAUAUUUGGCAGCGACAACGACCCCGUACUCGGCGUCGUCGUUGAUGGCCUCAAUACUGGAAUGGUAGCCAUCAAUGACUUUGGCGCAACCUAUGCUGUACAGCUUCCAUUCGGUGGCGUCGGAGGCUCUGGCUACGGACGCUUCGCUGGCGAGGAGGGGCUUAGGGGCCUCUGCAACAUCAAGAGCAUUUGUGUCGACCGCUUCGGCUGGCUGGGCGUUCGCACCUCCAUCCCGCCACCUGUCAGGUAUCCUGUGCCGGAUCAGGAGCGCAGUUGGCGGUUCACGAGAGGGGUUGUAAACGUGGGAUAUGCACAGGGCCUUGUAGGACAGCUCAAGGGACUUUUCGACAUUACGAAGAACAUUUGA